UAAAAGAGCAAGUGUCACCGACACAGAGCGGAGGGAGUCGACAAAAAAUACCACGAGUCAGGCUAAUGGAGGCGUGUGUACGUCUGAACCACAGGUAAUGCUUGCUGGCCACACAGGAUACACUACUCUGCAGGUACUUUCCACCCUCUUCCAGUUUGACCAGGCUUUAAUGUAAGAAUGGCGAGGCUGUUCGAUCAUGCUAUCAUACUAUAGGUUGGGGAUUUCCACUCAUAAAAAAACAAAAUCAAGCACACUCUCACUUCAGCACACACUUCCACGCAUCUCUGUCAGGUCUGUUUUAUGAGAUUCCUGUAGUAUGCCUGUAUUAAAAUUACAGCUGCUAUCAACUUUACUUUUAAUUUAUUGGGGGCUUCAGUUUGACCGCUAUGAUGCACCAAACCCGCUGCCUCUAUUUGUUGUAUUAUCACCAAAACCCGGAUCAGGAAGUGAUUCGCAUUAACUGUAAAUGGUCAAACAGUCAUAGAGGAAGUUUUUUUACAAAGGUAUGUGUCCUUGGCACCUGUAAUGGCACUGAGGCUUGUGCUUUCGUUGUUCCAACUUUCUAUGUCGUCUGACUUGGUUCUGCUGACAAUUAUAGCAACAAACAUGGAGGAGUGUCUUGCACAUAAUGAGCUAUAAUGAGUUAGAUGAAACGUGUGUCCAAAAAGGGAGGUAAAAUACUUUUGUUGAAUAAUGUUCAUGGUUUGUGUCAAAAUAAUUUAGUGGUUAUUCUGCUGUUGACACCAGUCUCUGGUAGAGGUCGACUAUGGGGUUUUUCUAUGUUAACAAGUCAGCGUUAGCUGAUGGCCGAUAUGUUGCCGUUUUUUUCACAGAUUUUUUGUUUUUCCCUCUGUUUGCAUAAUAAAAUGUCAUACUAAUGUACAUUUCACUAAUUACACUCUUAAUUGGGGUGAAGAAGAGCUUUUAUGACUAAGUGCAUGAUGGUAUAAUAGUAAUAGUGUACAUAUAAGAACUAAAACCUCUUACAGACAUGUUUUUGGGUUUUUUUGUUAACAGACAUCGCUUACAGACCAACAAACACACAAUCUAUUGAUCACAAAUAAAUGAGUAAAAUCACGUUGUUGUGUUACACAGCCCUGUAUGCAAGGACAAUGCAAACCAUCAGUGACAGAUAGACAGGUUUAAUGAGGAAGCUAACUGUGCAAACAAAGUCUUGCAGGACCUCUGACAAAUUAUUUGAAUCUCCAUACUCAAAUGCAAACAAGUUGCAUAGAGGAACCAUUGUCAGCGUCAAAUAAACCAUGCUUACGAACAAACUUUACAAUUAUACACUGAUCUGAGCAGCUCUCUGUCUCAGAGCAUGGUGCUGUCUGUGAGCAGGACAGAGUAAUGUUGCCCUCACUCACGCUGCAGUGUAUCUGUGAGCUCCACCCCACAAAAAGAGUCAAACUCUCUGACUGUGACAAGUGUUAUGUAUCAAGAGAGGACAUAUGUAUAUAUGUAGCUCAGCAGUGACUAAUGCAGACGCACAGCAAUCACAGUGCCUGGUACAGAGCAGCAGUACCUCUACAUGUCCUGUUAUAAUCAUAUGCUGGCUCUGGCUCAGGAACUGAUUUUUCAAUGAUUAUAAGAUUUGAAUAGUGUUUUUGCAUGGAAUGCCCAUCCCUAAAUUUAGGCCUUAGCUUUCUCCCAGGACUGUUGAAGGCUUUUCCACCCAAUGUAGAUAGAUUCAAAAAAUGCUAAAUAUCAACCUGAUAUAGCGGCCGACUUCUAGUCUCUGGUGAAUUAGCAAUGAAUGUUUUUUCUGGUCUUUGUCUGACUUUUCAAAGCCACAACCACAAGACAUGUUGUUCACCUUUUGAGUACCUUGUUUUUUCUCAUGGUCUAAAUCCUUCUAUUGAUUGUGCAUUGAUGCAUAAACUGUAAUAGAGAAUAAUAAAUACACACAAGAUAUAUAUGUAGCAUAUUGCACAAUGCAAAGUGAGUAUUGUUGAAAGUAGUACUUUUACAUAACUUGUCUUCAUCUCUGUAACAUGAAAUGUUAUAAACAAUCUCAGUUUGUACUAAAACACCUAAGAACAGCUGAAAUCUAUGACUCUAUGCUUUUAUCACCUCAUAAAUUCCUGUGAAUUUUGCACAAGACAUCUUAUUGUUUGAUGUAGUGUUCUCAUUCAACCAUGACAAUUGUGUUUCAUUUAAAAUAAGUUUCAGACGUAAUUAGAAAGCUGUAAUUUGGUUUUAAGUGACUCGUCUUUUUGCAACAAACAUUUUCCAGACUGUGGUUUUCCAAGUUUUUAUUUGGAAAGGUUAAGAGUCACGUUGGAAAUCAAAUUUAAACUUUUCGUAAAACUGUGGCUCCAUCUGUUUCUGUCUGCCUCUCUGUCUCUCUCUCUCGUCUGUGUGUGUGUGUGUGUGUGUGUCUGUCUAAAUAUAGUGUCAUCUGCCCACUCAUUCAGUCAGAGAGGAAGUGGUGUGUGUAUGUGUAUGUGUACGCUCCAACACUGCAUUAUAGUUUACAAGAAAAAGGUUAAAAACUCAGUGAAGCUCUACAUUUGUUUGGGCGCGAGUCUUUGUGUGUACACACAACAAUGUGUUAUGUAUGCAUGUGUUUGUGUGUGUGUGCGCGCACAUACUUGGACAAUUACUGUCCGGCGUGCUUUUGUGUCUUUGGUUGUUUGUAUCAAAGAAAAAAGUAGAGACUCUUAGAGAGUCAGAGUGAAAAAAAAGCAAAAAACAGUGUUAUCUGCUGAGACAGCACUGUAACUUGUUGUGUUUGAAAGUGCUGCUUUUCUCAGAGGGAUCAAGACUAAAUCCAUCACACUAAAGCCUUUCAUUGUGCACUCACAGCCUGUGGAAUGACUGCCACUGUGUGUGUGUGAGUGUGUGUGUGUGUGAGAGAGAGAGCGAGAAGAAAGAAGAAUGAGAGUAAAGUUGGGAAAAAACUGACACAAGUUCAAAUACAUUAUGACUCUCACGACAGUGCUGCUCCCCGACUCUGACAGACUCGUACCAACCCACAAGAGGAAAUACACUCGGCAAUGAACCACUGUCCUCACUUGCCUCUUUCUCGUUUUCACUUGCUCUCAGUCUCUCUCUCACACUCGCACACACACACGCACACGCACACACACAUGUUAGUUUCAGCAUAGAGACCAUUGCAUUUGUGAGUGCAAGUAUCAGAACAGAAAAGACAGUGAAACUGUUUGGUUCCUGCCUGUAUGGCCCCAUAAUCAACUAUAAACCCACUCAGCGUGUGACCUUGGACGUCAGAAAACAGAAGUGACACUUACACUCUGUGUCUUUCUCCAAAAUACAGUUGAUGAUAGACCUGCGAUGCAUGUGAGACAUGGCCAACAAGGCCCCCUGGGAUAACCUGAUGCACAGCAUGGAGCCAACAGCUGGCUGCUCACCCACAGUUCCAGAGCCAGAGUUGUACCGCAGUAUCCAGGCUCUGCUGCCCAGGGAGACAGACAACCAGCAGCCCAUGGACUGUUACAACAAAGGAGUGCUGAGAUGGACGCUUCAUAAGAAGGUUAAGAACAAUCCUGCCAACAGCUUAUCUCUGGUGUGGGUGCUAAUAAAGGACCUGGAGAAGGCUGAGAGAUGGGACUCUCGCAAACGCAUCAUCCCUCUGCUCCACACUCUCAUGUAUGCUAUCAUUCAGACAGCCUACAUUCCAGAUGAGCUAUACAAGCGGAUCUACGACUUUUGCAAGCGACUCCUGACCUACCCUCAACCCUACUGCACAGUAGGACUCAGCUACACAAGGCAAAUUAAAACGGAACGUUCCAUUCCAGGUCUGAUGUACCAGAGGAUGUUCACAGCAGAGCAGGGACUUAAAAAUGAGCACUAUCCCUUUCAGGAGCGAGUUUUUGUUUUGGCGGACCCAGAAGUUUUUGCUGGUUCCCUUGAACAAGUGCUGUUGGGCGAUAUUGCAGCUUCAGCAUCAGGUGGAUUUCCCAGUCCCGUAGAUCGCAUGAGCAAUGUGGUCCAACACUUUAUCCAGGCUGCUUUGGGGCCAGAGCAAUGCAGUGGGCCGAAACUGGCUCAGGCUCUGAAGGACAUGGGUCAAGACGUCGAAAAGUACUUCCAGGAAGUGUUGGCGACUCGAGAGCAGAGUAUGGAGGAGGGAGGCAGAGCAGAAGGCGGAGCGCUGAGAAGCUGCCUUCAGCGGCUGUACAGUGAGAUUGUCACUGAUACAGACCCGGAGCCAUUGUCCAGUGGAGUGCUGAAUGACUGCCCUCUUCCUAACCCAGAGAUCAGCUUCCACCUGUGGAAAGAGGAUCUGGAUAUCUGGCGAGAGUUGGCCAAGUGGCUUCGAUCCAGCUCCAUGUCGGACCAGUUCUCCCUCAGCCAGGAACAGGAGGACUUUGAUCUGGGAGAGUCGCCCAGUGACCCAGUGCCAUCUGACAAGACUCGCUUCUCCGUCAUGUCCAAUGACAGUGGCAUCGAAAGAGACCUCCCUCCCAGUGCUGAUCCCUCCCUGUCAUCAUCUUUGGACACUGCCAGCUUACGCACGUCAUGGGAACAAUGCAGAAGUGAUCCAGACCCAGGAAGGCUGUCACGGCGUAAAGGAAUCAAGAUGAAACCAACUUGGAAGGAAAAUAUGGUGCUGAUGCAGAAUACCCUGGAGGAUCAAGCAAGUCUUGGAGGAGGAAGAAAAGGGGAACCUCGACAGAGGCGGGCAGGAAGCACAGUAAUACACAACCCCUUAACCAAGCACCAGAGGUACUUUACUGCCAGAAUAGUCACCAUGGGGGAUGACAGGGUCCUGGGCCGCCUGGCUAAGGCCUUCUACUCCUUCAGGAAAAGGGAAGCGCGGCGGCUUUUUCUGACGAUGAAAGUCAACCUUCAGUUUUACUACAUCCCCGUUUGCAAAGCUCCAACUCAUGUCUCCUCCAUAAAAGUAAGCCAUGCUGUAAGUCAGUCCAAGGAGAAUCCUGCAAUCUGCACUCUUGGUUCGUACUUGAGCAUGGUGGACCCAUGGUACAACUGUAACAUCAAGAGUUUAGGCUCCAUGAUCCCCAAACUGGCGAAAAUGCAACCGACAAACCCAGGCAGACCGAACGACCCCAUCAUCUCUGAUGUCAUUUCCUACUAUAUCCGCAUGGGCCAGCAGCCGAUCUACUUCACAAUCUAUUUUGUGAAGAUCACAUUCAAUAGUCUGAUGAAGGAUCCGGUGGAAGAUGUCUUCCUCACUCAUCUGCAGAUGGAGUCUCCGGAAUUCAGACAGGUCUCAGCAUCCAUUCGAGAUAAAGCCAGGAGGAGUGCUGGGGAAGUAUCUGGAGCUAUGGUCUCAGUGAAGUACAAAAAGGUAAUUUUAAGCGGCAGAGACGUUGACAAAGGAGUCUCAGUAAGAAUAGCAGGUGCUCAGAUCAGUGCCAUUCCCUCCAGCGAAGCAGAUGAUCUGAACUGUUUAACACUGACGUUCACUGAAUCUCAACAUCGCAACAUUGUGGAGUCAAAGAUUCGGACGAGCAGCAUCAAGAUUCGCUCUUUGGAGGGUCGACCUUUCACCGUCACACUGGACAGAGACUCGCACAGGACCUUUACCGACGUGCACAGCAUUGAGAUCGCCCCGUGUCUCGAUCCCGGAUACUGCAUCCAGAAGACCAUUCGAUCUAGAUUCAGUCUGGGAGACGACAAAAACACCGGACUGAGCAAAUACAUGACCAAAGGACUUUCUCUGCCGAUCAACACAUUUGCUGGAAUCAUCAACUGAUGUUGCACAAAGACUCCAGACUGUCCACACUGUGCUUCGAUCACAUGAAUGGUGAUGACAGAAUUCUAGGCUGACAACAUGAACAGACAAAAUGAAUCACCUGUGAGUCAUACUGAGCUGCUCCCAAAACAGCAUUAGUUCUGUGAGUCAGGACUGACAGCCACGUGUGAACAAAGACUGCAUCUCAAGCACCUUAAGGCUGGGUACAACACACACUGUACUGGUGUCAGUUUCCGCUGUGAUUACAGUAACAUAAAGGGAGAUUUGUCAACUCUUAACAGGGUUUUGCUCCUAAUGGGUGAGCUGCUGUGUGUACUUUAAGACAGUUGGACAACAAGAGCAAUAUCACAAGCGACUGAGAGAAAAUCAAGUAAGUACAGACACAGUAAGUACCUGUUUAUAGUGACACUGUCAAAACUACUAGUAUUUGGAUCAGCAGUCAUUGGAAAUUAUCAUUAAAGCUGCUGGCGUUCCACAGGAUGUAAAUACUGGACAAUGACAUCAUUGACACACUACCUUUUUUGCCUCCUUGACACACGCAAACCUGUUUUAUAUCUUAGUGAGGACACAUCAUUGACAUAAUGCAUUCCCUACCCCCUUACUCAAACCAUAACCAUCAUAACCAAGUGCCUUAUCCUCUAAACUCUAAAACCAGGUCUUAACUCUGAAAAAGCCAAAAUGUUGUGUGGUCCAGACAAAAUGUCCUCACAAAGAUAGGUUUGUAUGUGUUUUGGACAAGUACACACACAUGCACUCGUGUUUUCUCAGCUGUUCUUCUGAGUUCCAAACAUUUGGACAACAUAAAUUGUUAUCCCUAACAUUAAAUUAUAACCAGUUAAAGCCUAACCCUUACCUUAACCUAACUCUUGGCUCUAAACUUAACCAGUUCCUCAGAAAUUAGGUUUUGCCUCAAAUACAAACAGCAUACACACUAACACACACACACACACACAUAUUAAAAACAGAAUAAUGCAGAGAUAGACACCUGUUGUCAGCUGUUAAUGCAUGCGUGGUUGUUGAAUGACUGGUACGAUGACAGCAGACAUUUCACUGAAUCAUUUGUCUUCAAAUUCAAAUUUGACCUGUUUCUUGUUGGGUUAAGUGUUGUGAAAUCAUUGACAUUAUUCUGGGGUUUAGUGUUUGUUAAAUAUGCGCCGCUAUAUGUUUAUAUGUAAGUAUAUAUGCAUAUAUAUAUAUGUGUGUA